UCGCCUCCCAAAGUGAUAUGAAGGAAGCGGAGGAAUUCGCCCGGAACAUGGCCAUCCAGCAGGAGCUGGAAAAGGAAAGACACAGGAUAGCACAGCAGAAGCAGCAGCAAUUGGAACAGGAACAGUUCCAUGCCUUUGAGGAGAUGAUCCGGAACCAGGAGCUAGAAAAAGAGCGACUGAAAAUUGUACAGGAGUUUGGGAAGGUGGACCCUGGCCUAGGAGGCCCACUGGUGCCUGACUUGGAAAAGCCCUCCUUGGAUGUGUUCCCCACUUCACCUAUCUCAUCCACACAGCCUUUAGACUGUAACACAACUGUAAGGCCAGCUAAGCCACCUGCAGUGGAUAGGUCCCUGAAACCUGGAGCACUGAGCAACUCAGAAAGUAGUGAGUACACAUGCUGA